AGAGCCACUCGAUGUAGGGCAUUGCUGAAAGAAGGCUCCGCACGGGGAAAUUGGCUUGACUUGAGGUGCCUUCGGGGUGUUUUGGCUGCUCCGUUUUUGUGACUGUGAUAUCAGCUGGUGAUAGCCUUUGCAAGCUCAAAGCAAAAGUUUUAUUGUACCCUGACAUAAAUCACCCAUGAACAGAAAGUGACCUGAAAAUACCCUAAAAUCAGCAGGAAAUGAUCCAAAUUGUACAGGAAGUGACAUUGAAUUGCCCCGAAAACACGAGAAAGUAACCUGAAAUCAGUGGGAAGUGGCCCUUCGAUGCCCUACAACAGUGGUGCACCACGGACCGGUGUAAUGCGUUCCUUGUUUUUCAUGGACCGGCAAUGUGUGGCAGAGAAUGACAGUAAAUAAUAACACACCGAGGAUAAAAACAAAUAUUAAGUGCAAGGAAAAUGUCACUCACCAUACACUGAAUCAACCUUUUUUAACAGCGGCCUCUCCUAAAACUUGUCGGCCAAUAUCCGUGGUCGCAAGCAUAAUGAGUUGUCCAAUUGUGAAAGGUUUCUUAGCUUUAGUAAUACGGUUUGCCAUGAGGUAUGAUCUCAGCACAUUGGCUUUUGUUGCCUCGUUUGCUGGCUUUUGGCCACAUAUUAUGCAGAAUGAACUUGGUCGUAAGCUCCUUUUCUGGCUCAGCAGGUGGCCUUUUCCCCUUUAAAAAAAGCUGUGCCCGCAGCACACCUCCAAACAGCGGCUAAAGUUACUGUUUACAUUGACUGGCGCAGGGCUGCUAUUGGUGUGCAAGCACCCUAGUAAUUGCGGCCAACCACUAGAUGGCGACCUAUAGAAAUCUUUACGCGGAUUAGUCUAUGGAGUAGACGGGGAUAUUGAUGUGUCAAGAUACACAGACCAGAUUGCAGUGGUUAAUAAGUUAUUUCUCUGCGGCCCGGUAGCAAACGCGCCACGGACCGGUACAGGUCCGCAGCCCGGUGGAUGGGACCACUGCCCUAAAAUCAACAAGAAAUUUACAUGAAGUCACCCUAAAAUGUUAGGAAAGCAACAAAAAUGACCGUUCCUUAAAAUGAACAAGGAAUGAACUCAUUGCCUAUCAUCAUGGACCAUGAUAGACAUCCAAUUGAUUAGUGGCAGUCAAUGCUCAUCUUUUAGUGCCAGACAUUGAAUUCCCGCGGCCUGCCUUGCAUGUCAAGAGAUUGGACGCGUCAGAAGGCAGACGAGCCUCACUGCCCCUUGUUGGUUCUUCCUUUUAACAUCGUGUAAAUGCUAAAAUCUCAUUAACUAUCAAGAAACUGCUCCGUGCUUUGCUGAUAUAGCGGAAUUAAAGUUGCUUUUCUGUUUUUGAAGUCCUUACAUGAAGUGAAAAGGAAUGACCGCCAGGGGGCAGUGUGCCUCUGCCUCACCUGACCUCGCGUGUAGUACGGCCAAUAAGUCAAAUAAAAGUAUCGAUACUUGGCGGGAGCAUAUCGAUAACUGUUUGGGUUGCAAAAUAUCGCGAUAUAUAAGCGUAUGGAGCUAUUGUCACACUCUUAGUCUGGUGCCGUCGCCGUUCGCUGCCACUUUCCUUCCCUCCCUACCACUUGAAAUGGAUUGGACGUCUACUUGCGACAAACUCAUCUCAAUUCCCAGCGGGACGCCACACGUUUGACGGUAAUCGGCAUCAAUGGCAGAGACAGAGUUAAGCUAUAGUAAUAUUAAUAUCAAUUCAAGGAAAGUAAAGGAAUGUCAUUUUGAAAUCUUCAUCGGCCGUCACCGACGGCGAGCGACGUCCGCCAACGAUCGGGGUUUCGGCGCCAAUGACGGAAAUAGACGUCCGAUCCAUUUGGACGUGCGGAAAUGGAGGGAGGGCUUGGACGAAGUAAUGGCAACACCUGCCAUUUUGGCGUCAUAAUCAUUGAACAUAAUUGUUAAAUAAUGAACGAAUGAAAUGAAAGAAUGAUUGAGCAUUUAUUUUAGAGAUUUACGUGGAUCUCCACCGGCAUCGUCUCUUAAAGAGUUAACUGAAGAAUGGCUUCAAAUUCCUUUGGAAACAAUUCACAAGUCGUAUGAAACAAUACCUCGGAGAAUUGAAGCUGCAAUUGCCGCAAAAGGCAGACCUACACCAUGUAAAAUUGGUUUUUGAAGGUGUUUCCAUUAUUGUGUCCAACCCCUGUCAUCUGGUCAACCAGGGACAGUAUUGGGUGGCAGGGGGUGCUGCGGUCUGUCCCCGGGCUCGGCGUGACGUCACAGCGCGUCUAUUGGCGGGCACCGCUGUCAAACACGGACGGACGGAGCUCGGGUUUAGGGCGCUCCCGCCCGCCCACCGCACCGGCGGCACCACUUGGCUUCGGCCAAAAGCGCAGCGACGUCAGCGAGCGCUCUACUCUGGAUCGGUUACCUACCAACGGCCGGCGGCGCGCGCUCGCUCGGAUAAAGAAAGGACAAGAAAGGCAAAAGUUUUCGACGGCCCGGGUUCCGCCAGCCAGCCCGCCCGCCCGCGCACGCACGCACCGCAGGGCGAGAGCCAUGGCACGAUGAAGAAGGAGCGCUCCGCUCGCCGUGGCCGUCGCUCUCGCCGUGGCCGUCAUUCGCCGCCGGCGCUCCUCGUCUGAAAAACAACAUGCCUCACGCUCGAAAUAGGAACCCGAGCCCCAUUCCGGAGGUGACGUGGGACACGGGCUCCAAGGAGAUGAACGAGACGUGGAAAGGCGCGAUCGCCUGCCUCGGGGUGGCCGUCUUCUUCGUCAUGACCAUCGGGAUCAUCUACUGGCAAGUGGUGGACCAGCCCAACAAGAACUGGAUCCUGAAGGGCACUCGGAGCGGACUCAUCUGGGAGAGGAGAAGCCACUCGCUGCUCAUCCAGACGCUGACGGAGGACGAGACCUUGGUGGAGAUCGACGUGCAGGGCAACGUGGGCAACCCCGAGCUGGAGCUCCCCUUCGUCAGGAACCUCUGCUGGCUCAACAACACCGAGUUCUGCUACACCUGGGACGCGCUGGCCGACAUCAAAAUCACCCUGGACGUCGACCCGGACGCCGACAGCGAGUGCUACGGCGUCACCUGGACGCCGGCGCAGUGCCACGUGCGGCUUAAGGAUUGCUUCUCCAUGAACAACGUGUCGUGGUACGGCGGCGCCGGCGUCAGCGCUCAGACGUGGCCCAUCAACCGUCAAAACGCCAGCAUGCAGCCCUUCGUCGUCAGCGACCUCAAGGAGAACCCGCACGCUUUCGCUUCCGCUCUCGAGCGUUACUUCUUGGGCUCGUCAGGCGUGGCGGUGCUGGCGUCCCCCGAGCUCCCUCUGCAACUGGGGUUGAAGAGCGGGCAGCGCUUCUGCCUGCAGUCGCCGCCCGGUCCCGAUCUCCUGCCGCUGCAAUACACCGUCUGCGUGGCCGACCACGUCAAGGCCGCCCACCGACAAGCCAUGCGCCGCCUCUCCCGCUUCGCCAGGGAGGUACCUGACACCAAGGCGCUCUGGCUGCCGUCCUGGAAGCUACUCACCAACGUGGAUUCGGGACUGAAGGUGGAGAGGGAGUUGAGGACCUUCUCCAAUCGUCUUCGAAGGCACCAGCUAGGAGAUGGAAUCAUCAGCCUUAAUGAACAUUCCACCAACCUCCUCUCUCAAAUGGACCACGACUACCUCAACGGCAGGAAGAGGGGGGCGUCCAGGAGAGCGAGCAGGGAGCUCCCGCUCGUCAAGCUUCUUAACAUUUCCGUCACCCUGUCCCCUUUCCUGAGCGUGGACAGCGCGCCGUUCCGAGCGUCGCUGGCGGACGGCGCCGCCGAGGCCUUCUGGCUCGCUCUCCCCUCGCCGCCUCGCGGGCAGCCGGUCCCCCUGAUGACUCGAUGGCGAGGGAAAUUCUGCGUCAAGCUGAACGUCAGCGACCCGGGAGCGGUCGCCUGGUUCCUGGACAGAGUGGCGUCCCUGCGGGCCCACUUGGGAAUGGAGUACAUCCUGCUGGAGGGCGGGGAGAGAAACGUCUUCGAGGAGACGCGGCGGCCGCCGCCGGGCUUUCCGGGCGGCGACGCCUACAUCGGCCUGCUGGCCGACGUGGCCGCCAGAAUGGGGGACUCCACCGUGGUGUCGGCGGGGACCAGGUCCAGCCACAAGCCGGUCUACGUGAUGAUGACCCCUCUGCGUUCGGACUGGAGUCAAAUGGGCCUGAAGGGCAUCAUUCCCUCUCUGCUGCACCACACAGUGCUGGGAUACAACUUCCUCAUUCCCGACGCAGUAGGCGGCUCUCUAUCUGGAGACAUGGUGACGGAUGAGGAGUUGUACAUCCGUUGGCUGGAGAUUGUGUCCUUCCUGCCCGUCCUCAGCUUCCAUACGCCGCCGUGGGUCUGCGGAGAGGACCGGGUGCUGAACUUAACUCGGAUCUACAUCGGCAAGCACCAGAGGGACGUGGUGCCGCUGCUGGAGAAAUACGCCGAGGAGUGGCGGGAGACGGGCGACCCCAUCUAUCGGCCCAUGUGGUGGCUCGGUCCGCGGGAUCCCCUCACCUUCACCAUCGACGACCAGUUCCUCAUCGGAGACCAGGUUCUGGUGGCGCCGGUGGUGGAGAAGGGCGCCCGAGGGAGAGACAUUUACUUACCGGACGGGGGCUUCCGGUGGCAGGAUGGCCAAAACGGCCAAGUGUUUGACGGCGGGACCUUCCUACGGGACUACCCGGUGCCCUUGGAGGCGGUGGCCGUCUUCUUACGCCACGGAUGAAUCGCCCCGACUUGCACUUAUAAGAGACCGUGGACUCUGCCUCAGUGCCAACACGUACAACUCCGUCUUUACACCUGCACUUUAGCGUCAGACGUGAUUUCUCAUUCUCUUCCUUUUGGAAAAAAAAAAUCAGUUUUACCUCUCGGCCAAUUUCAAAGUUUUCGUUUGAUCAAAGCUCUGGUGAAAUCUGUGCUUUUUUCUUUUUUGCCUAGUAGGAGCCCCUCGCUACCUGGAAUGAAGCUUAAUCUCUCGAGAAGACCAAAUGAAGUGCAAUGACAUGAAAGAAGGGGCUUUAAUCAGCUCGAACUUGAGCGGAGAGGCCCAAAGCUUGGUUUGGCCGCUCCCAUUUUCAAAAGCAGGCUUUUACUUGAAAUUGUUAGGCCGCGGACGCCCUUCCGCCGCAAAAUAAGAAAUGCGCUUGCCGCUCGUUGCCGGCGAACUCGAAAUGAGAGAAAAUUCGGUGGCUGAAAAUGGUGGAUUUGGACCAUUUUUAGCUGUCUCCACGUUUCCGUUUUGGCCAACCAACUUUGAAAACGGCUCAUUUUGGCGUCUGACUUAGAGGCCGUUGACAUGGUGACGCUCCGAGAAUACCACAAAUUUCAUGUUUGCAUUCGAACGAUGUCGCGAUUCUGCGGGAAAACGAUGUCGUAUUCAUGCCGGGUCCUAGGGGGCAGUGCAGUGCCGUUAUACAAGGCGACAGCCAAUGGUGCAUUUCUUUGACAACCUCCUCAGCCCAGAAGACGAUAUACCCGGCGUCCACGGCUUUUUUUCUUUCGCUCUAAAAGGCACAAAAACGCAAACGUUAAAUAUACACCGCUGGCCAAAAGUAUUGGCACCCCUGCAAUUCUGUCAGAAAAUGCUCAAUUUCUGCCAGAAAAUGAUUGCAAUUACAAAUGCUUUGCUUCAUCUAUUUUGCUAGCAAUGGAAAAAAACACAAAACAGAAUGGGGGGAAAAAAUGAAAUCAUUAUCAUUUUACACAAAACUCUGAAGAUGGGCCAGGCAAAAGUAUUGGCACCCUUUGAAAAAUCAUGUGGUGCUUCUCUAAUUUGUGUCAUUAACAGCACCUGUUUACCUGUGGCGGCGAUCAGUAAUCACACUUGCGGCCAGUUAAAAUGGAUUAAAGUUGACUCAACCUCUGUCCCGUGUCCUUGUGUGUGCCACAUGGAGCAUGGAGAAAAGAAAGAGGACCAAAGAACUGUCUGAGGACUUGACUGUGAGGAAGCCUGGGCCAUCUCAAGGCUACAAGUCCAUCUCCAAAGACCAGAAUGUUCCUGUGUCUACCGUGCGCAGUGUCAUUAAUAAGUGUAAAGCCCACGGCACUGUGGCUCACCUCCCUAGAUAUGGACGGAAAAGAAAAAUUGACAAGAGAUUUCAACCAAAGAAUGUGUGGAUGGUGGAUCAAGAACCUCGACUAACAUCCAAACAACUUCGAGCUGUCCCGCAUUCAGAGGGUACGACAGUGUCAACCCGUACUAUUCGUCGGUGUCUGAAUAAAAAGGGACUCUAUAGUAGGAUACUCAGGAAGACCACACUUCUGACCCAGAGACGUAUAAAACCCAGGCUGGAGUUUGCCAAAACUCACCUGAGAACAUUUUGGAAGAAUGUUCUCCAGUCACAUGAGACCAAAGUAGAGCUUUUUGGGAAAAGGCAUCAACAUAGAGUUUACAGGAAAAAAACGAGGCCGGUCCCCACAGUCAAACAUGGCGGAGGUUCCCCGAGGUUUGGGGUUGCUUUGCUGCCUCUGGCACUGGACUGCUUGACCAUGUGCAUGACAUUGUGAAAUAAAUGAAGAUACUAAUACCAAAGCAUUUGUAAUUGCAAUCAUUUUCUGGGAGAAAUUGAGCAUGAUCUGACAGAAUUGCAGGGGCGCCAAUAUUUUUGGCCAGCAGUGUAUUUCAAUCCAAAAUAUGAUACAGUCAGUUAAAGCUGACAUUCUGCCAUGUUUUGAAUGUUUAAUAGCAGCGCUGCGCACAUCCAAAGUGACGUGUGCGAGCGCCGACGUCAUCGGAGCGACGUUUCCGCCGUCACCGUGUAAAGGUGGAACCGCGACACGACCGGUGCGAUGGCGUCCCCGUGUAAACGGCCCCGUGAAGUAGUACUUUUCCACUCAUGAAAUGUUGCUUCAAGCGCUUCACGUAGGGUGGCCAUCAGUCCCAGAUUGAGCGGGGGGGGGGGGAAUUUAGGAAGUUCUGAUUGGUACUGAACCAGUCAGAACUUCCUAAAUUCCGGGUUGUCCCGCCCAUUCAGUGAUAGGUGUAGUUGUGCAUUAACCGUGUGCGGUGUACAAUCAGUUGAAAAAUCUAAUCAGUUCUUCUGAUGCAAUUCCACCGACCGGUUCGUCACGAGCUGAGGUCCGAUCCGUUUGAAGCGGGCGGCCGAAAGUUCCCCGGCGGGCGAGGGUUCGGACAUCCGGCGCCGAGUAAAUAGCGGAUGCCUGCACGUCGGCAAAAUAAUCCGUUGAGAAAUUGGGACUGGAUUUGAAUGUCAACGCAUUGACUUUGAAGGAAACGUCGCCACGUUGGUUGAGGCGGAGAAGGGUCUUUUCACGCCUCUGCUGUGCAGUUUAUCACUGGACGUCCAAUCCAUUCAAAGCGGGAGGGUCGGCAGCCAAUUGUUCAGCCUCAAAUGGAUCGGAUGUGGGAGUGAGGGAGGGUUUUCAAUGGCAGCCAAUCAGUUAAGGCUCAAUGUCAGCGCGUCGACUUUGACGGGAACGUGGCCUCGAGGCGGCCAUGCUGGUAGGGCCGUGAAAGUUCUUUUC